AUGAAUGAAUCAGACUCCAGUCAUUUGUUGGUAGCUUUACGAGAGCGCUUUCGAAAGUGCAAUAGUGAUUCCAAAAUAUGCCAAGAUGAUUUGAACAGGUUACUUACUGAAGAUUGGUGGCCUUUGUCAUUUUUAUACGCUUACCAUAAAGACGUAGACGUAACAUACGCAGUUAUUCUCGAAUGUCUCAAGUGGCGACGAUCUUUUUCUGUUUGCAACAUCAGUUUGCUGGAACUAAAGCCAUUACUUGAUCGAAAAUUAGCCUACUUACAUGGCAAAGAUUGUAACGGAUAUUCAAUACUGUGGAUAAACAUGCGACAACAUGUCAUCGGACUAGCAAAUACUGACAGACUGAUAAUUUACUGGCUUGAACGACACACGAUGGAGCUUCAAGCGGCUCCAAUUACUCUACUAUUCGACAUGUCGUCUUGUUCUUUACAAAAUAUGCUAAACAAUUUUUCGAUGGAUUUGGGUCUGAUUAAAUUUAUCAUUCGAUCUUGUAAAUAUUACUAUCCAAAUUCUCUGAAGUCAGUAUUGAUAUUUGAAAAUCCAACUUUGCUAAAGGCAUCUUGGCUGUUAAUACGUACGUGGAUGUCACCGGAGAUGCAGCCCCUUCUCCAACACGUGAAACGCUUAUCACUUCCAUCAUAUUUGCCGAUAUCAGUUAUUCCAAAGCGUUAUGGUGGUCAAGUACGUAUAUGUUUGUUCCAUAUACAAAUCUUAUCUACGAUUAUUUCUUUCAUUUAA